AUGCCUGGGGUGCCGUCUAACAAGGCUUGCGAGCGUUGCAAAAAGAGACAUCUAAAAUGUGAUGAGACUCGCCCUUAUUGUCAACGGUGCACCACCGCGGGGGUAGAAUGCCCGGGGUAUGUUCAAACCCGCAAAUUCAUCGAUCAAGGAGCCACAGUAAGGCGCCGUUAUGCUCCAUAUCAGGAGCAUCAUCCAAGGACAGGCUCUGCAUUCAAUUCACCCAAAGUCCCCGCAGAACUGAUAUCAGACCCACAGCCACAAAGCUCGCAACUAGAACCCAAAGAGCAGAUUCUGCAAUGGAAUCAACCUAAAGAGCAACAUAAUCCUGCUCUUCAUUUCCAAAUGGGAGAGACGAGGUUAGACUCGAGAAAUGACACGAUGAUCGUAGAGAUGCCUGGCUCUUCUAGCCAACCAGAGCUUGCUAUAGGGAGUACGCAACAAGCAACCAUGCAUGCUCCCGAAAGCCCAGCUAUCUCUAUUUCCAACUCCAUGUCUGGCAUCGAAGAAGGCAGCAGAUCCACAAGAAACCCGAUCUACCAGUCAAUUUCACCAACUGGACCCGCAGGAGGGUUCCCAACAUUUGAUAGCACUUACAACGCAAUUCCACAAAAGAGCCCCGAUUACCAAAGGGUCAUAUCCGAAAGCUCAUCACAUCGAAGCGAAAAAGAUGAAUUCCAAGAUAUCUUCUCGGAGCUCAUGACUGGAACUGAACACGAAAUCGCAUUCCUCACUCGACAUUACUCGGAGAUCAUAGGUCCAUGGUUGGACUUGUCGGAUACCCAGAAAUUUUUCACCGUCCACGUUCCUAUUCGAGCCAUCAACAAUCUGUCCGUCAAGUAUGCCAUUUCAGCGCUAGCAGCAAAACACCUAGCUCGUUUGAAAGGGGUCAAGCCUUCCACAGGUGGAAUGUUCACAAGCCCUGCGACUACGGAAAUCUACCCAAAUGCAACCCAGGUUGACUGGUUUCUCAAGGCUGCCAAUUACUAUUACCUAGCAGCCUCUGAUUUGAAUAAUAUCACGUCCGAUGGCUACACCACUGUGUCUAGCUCAGCUAUCUUGGAAUCCCCCUUUGAGAUCGUUAGUCGAUGGAUCAGCUCUCGUCAGAUUCAAGCAAGCAUAAAACCCGCGAGUGAAGAUCCAAACGACGUGGCGGUCAUUCGAAAAACAGAGGAGCUCCUAGCAACUGCUACGCUUCUUACCAUGUACAGGCUUUUAGAUAUGCCUGGGGACGAGUGGCACAUGCAACUUGCUCGCAUUCGUCCUUUGUUCGAGUCUCUUCUCGCUUUACAUUCGGCCGAAUCGGCCCUGUUUUCUCAUGGCAUCCAAGCCGCCUUCUGGAAUUUCGCUCGCCAAGACUAUCUCGGCUCUUAUUUCACCCGUUCACCUACACACUUCGACCCAGAGAAUCUGCCCCUCUGGCGGGCAGCAGGAAUCUCAAUUAAUGAUCAAAAAGCCUUCCAUCUCAUUCGGAAUGGGUCACCUCUAUCGCUGGAAGACCAGGCCGCUAAUGGCUUGAUCUGGCUUGUCACAAAAGUCAUCAACUUCCUCGCAAGAUCCAAACAAUUACAGCUCGCGCAGUGGACAGGAUCUCCACCAGCAGCUUCGCCCGAAAUCCAGGGCACACAACCAAACGCCGCCCAACUGCCAUAUCCGGACACAGAUACCUGGCUCAAACUAUCCUUCGAAUUUCAAACAUGGUUUGAAAAUGUUCCCGAAACGUUCCGCUCUUCUGUGCGGAUCGAACGCCCCAAGGACCUAUCAAAGGCUGUCGAGGGUAGUUACUUACCAUUCCCUGAAAUCUUCCAUAGCUUGACAGCCUGUGCCGCUACCAUGCAACAUUACCACUUCGGGCGUAUCGCAUUAUUGCUCAAUCGUCCGGCAGAUGUGAUCAGUGCACCGUCUACAGCAUUUGACCGCUUACAAGGGUACCGGGAGGUCACGAAAGAGGUCGAAUUCCGUUCCCGUGAAGUCUGCGGCAUUGCAUUGGGUCGACCUCAGGGUGGUGUUCGCAUAUUCAUGGUCCCGCUUCUUGUUGCUGUCGGACAAUGUCUUGAAAAUGGCGAGGAGCAUCAGAUUAUUGUUGAUCUGCUACGGGGCGUUGAAGCUGAUUUGGGCUGGACUACCGAAUAUGCCAUUCGGAAACUCCAAGAAUCUUGGAAUCAAUGA